CAUGCUGUGAGCCAGGAGAGGGACCCUGCUGGGACACAGAGGAGCAGAGCAUUGAAGCACAGUGGCCUAGCUGAGCAGACACCCAGGGAGGAUUUGUACAUCCCCCCCAAGCUGAGCCACAGCUUCCUCGGCGUGGCGCGUUGCCGCUGAGGAGCCCGCGGCCCGCGUCGGGUGCGAAGGAGUCUGCGUCAGCCAUGAGGACAGCGGAGGACUCCAACGGGACGGUCCUGCACCGGCUGAUCCAGGAGCAGCUGCGCUACGGCAACCUGACGGAGAACCGCACGCUGCUGGCCAUCCAGCAGCAGGCCCUGCGCGGCGGCGGCAGCCCGCGCUCCUCCCUGGAGAGCCUCAGCCCCGAGGAGAGCCAGAUGGUGCAGCAGUCCACGCGGCAGGAGCCGCAGGGCCAGGAGCAUCACUCCGACCACGUCUACCUGGAGAACGGCGUCCAUCGGCUGUGCCAGCCCCAGCACAAGGGCGAGGAGCUGCCGAGCUACGAGGAGGCCAAGGCGCAUUCCCAGCUGUAUGCCUCGCAGCGGGCCGGCCGGCAGCCCGCGGGGCCCGGGGACGGCGGCGCCCGGCGCCCGGACGAGGGGCUGAAGGAGCUGAAGCACGGCCACGUGCGGUCGCUGAGCGAGCGGCUGAUGCGGCUGUCGCUGGAGAGGAACGGGGCCAAGGCGCAGAGCCCCAUCAGCGCUUCCCACAGCUACCCCCAGCUCUCCCGCCACCACCAGCUGGCCGCCCUGCGAGGGCAGCAGCCCCCCGAGGGGCUGGAGCCGCGGGGACCCCCCCCGGAGUAUCCCUACGUCAUCCCUUCCCAGGACGUUUACCUGGCCGAGCCCCGGCCCUGCUCGCGGGAGGGUCCUGGAUUCCAGCAUCCCGACAUCAGGGUGCUGCCCAGCCACGUCCCCACCGCUUUCCCGCUGUGCCCGGGCGCGCUGGGCCCCGCGGCCGUGGAGGCCCUGGUGAGCGCUCAGGCCGUGUCGGCCGGCAGCCGCCUGGCCCGGGUGGACGCCGUCCUAUGCGAGAACGAGCGGCUGCAGCGGGAGAGCGAGCGGCUGCGGCGGGAGCUGCAGAGCUGCGCCGACAAGGCCGCCCGCAUCCACAAGCUGGAGAGCGAGAUCCAGCGCAUCUCCGAGGACUACGAGAACCUCGUCAAGGCGUCGUCCAAGCGGGAAGCCUUGGAGAAGGCCAUGAGGAACAAGAGGGACGGUGAGAUGAGGCGCCUCCAGGACUUCAACCGGGACCUGAAAGAGCGGUUGGAGUCGGCGAACAAGCAGCUGGCCAGCAGGACCCAGGAAAGCCAGGAGAGCAACCAGGGCAGCGUGGCCAAACUCCUGGCGCAGAGCUACGAGCACCAGCAGGAGAAGGAGAAGCUGGAGCGGGAGGUGUCCCUGCUGCGCAGCGCCAACGAGGACCAGCGUCGGCGGGCAGAGCUGCUGGAGCAGGCGCUGGGCAGCGCCCAGGCGCGGGCAGCCAAGGCCGAGGCCGAGCUGCGGAAGAAGAGAGCCUACGUGGAGAAGGUGGAGCGGCUGCAGGCAGCGCUGGGCCAGCUCCAGGCCGCCUGCGAGAAGCGGGAGCAGCUGGAGCUGCGGCUCCGCACACGCCUGGAGCAGGAGCUGAAGAUGCUGCGGGCUCAGCAGAGGCAGGCGGGAGCUGCAGGCGGGGGGACGCCGGAGCUGAGCGUCCACACGCUCUCCGAGCAGCUGAGGGAGAAGGAGGAGAAGAUCCUGGCCCUGGAGGCUGACAUGACCAAGUGGGAGCAGAAGUACCUGGAGGAGUGCACCAUGCGGCAGUUCGCCAUGGACGCCGCGGCCACGGCGGCCGCUCAGCGGGACACCACCCUCAUCAGCCAUUCCCCGCGCCAUUCCCCCAACAGCAGCUUCAACGAGGAGCUGCUCCUGGCCAGCCACAAGCACCAGGAGAUGGAGAGCAGGCUGAAAGCCCUUCACGCCCAGAUCCUGGAGAAGGACGCCGUCAUCAAGGUGCUGCAGCAGCGCUCGCGGAGGGACCCCAGCAAAGCCCUGCAGGGCUCCCUGCGGCCGGCCAAGUCCGUGCCCUCCGUCUUCGCCGCCUCCGCCGGCCCGAGCUGGCCGGGGCCUGGCCAGAGCGAGCGGCCGCCCGAGGGCGGCUCCCGGGGUGCCGCCGGCAAAGGCAGCGGCGAGGGGGCCGCGGCGCCCAGCAGCCCGGCGCACGCCAAGCACGGCAGCAGGGACGGCAGCACGCAGACGGAUGGGGCGGGCGACGGCGGCGGCCAGGGCCAGGGCAGCGACCGCCCCGCGGCUCUGCUGGAGAGCUCAGCUGCUGCCAGAGUCCCAGACCUGUCCGACAUGGUGGAGAUCCUGAUUUAAGGCCAGCCAGGGGCUGCACACCGGCCCCUCUGCCCUCCCUGCCUGCCCAGGACGGGGUGGAGGAGGCUGUGGGAAGGAGCGAGCCUGGAGCUCGGCAGGCAGGGCCCCGUCCCGGCUCGGCAGCUGCGCGGGGCGCGCUGGAGCCCGGGGACCCCGCAGCGGCCGCGGGGCCUCACCACCCGCUGGACAUCCCCCCGGCUCUUGGAUGAUGUUUCAGCCUCUUCUCCUUCCCGAGGCCGAGGGCUUCCUGUGGCCCCGUCCCACCUCUGGGGCUUGACCCUCCGUGCCCUGCCAGGGGCUUGGUUUCUGACUGGACUGAACCCUCUGGGCUCACCUGAGCUGUAGCCACAGCCCCUUGUCUCUUGGUGGGAGCAGAGCCGGGAGGGUCCCUCCGUGCGUCCCACCACACCAUGCUCCCCAAACACCAGGAGCCCCAACCCUCCAUCACCCCCUGACACCCACAUCCUGCCUCUGGGCCGUGGCCACAGGCGGGUGAGGAGGCUGGGACGGUGAAACAAAACCAAAACGACCAUGGAGGGAGCACAAGGCGGAGGAGAAAGCCCUUGAAGGCAGAGCUGAAGCCCUUGGAGGGACACGGAGCCCUUGGAGGUCGUGGCUCAUCCCCCCACCACGGCUACCGGCAGCUGGCUUCUGCCCGUGGCCAGCGCCCUCCUCACUCCUGUGAGCUCGGAUGCUUCCUGGCCCUACCCUUCAUGUACAUGUCAUUUCCCCCCCUUUCUCUCUUUCUUUCUUCUCUAAACACACGUGCAUUUGCUGGCCAACUGCAUUUUUAUCCCCCCUGAGCAGCCCCCGCUGGGUUCUCGUGCAUUGUUUACACAGUGGAAAACAAACAGACAAAAAGUGAUGAAAGAGGAAGAAAAAAACCCCUCCCCUAAAGCCAGCCCCCAAGAACCCAACCCCCAACUUAAUAUAUUUUAUAUUAAUAUUGAUCAUUCUUGGUUCAGUUUUGGUUGUGUUUCUCGUGCUGUGAACGUUUGUUUUUUUCCUGCCAAAGAUGGUGAGUUGUUGUUUGUUAAGUUAUCUGGAGUAUUUAAAGGUAAGCCUGGCUGUUCCGUUCUGCCACCCUGUACCGAGGCUGCUGGAGCAUUCCACUGGGUAUAACAGUAUUUUAAUAAAAAAACCCUCCAAAUGUU